UAGAUUAUUACUCUAUAUUUACCUUUACCCAGGUAUAAAAAGUCAGAAGACCUAGUUGAACAGGAUGGCAGAGGGUGGUUGCACAGAUUUUAGCGAAAGUGAACAACAAUUAGAUCUAUUGAAUAUGGAGACCGGAGAAUGCGCGAAUCCGGAUUUGGAACCCACUGCCGUUGUGGAACAAGCAGAAGGGAGAGAGGACAAAGAUCUGCAGUUGUCAGCGUUUUUGGAGAAGGCAAAAACUGAUCGUAUGUAUGAGCUGCGCCAGAUCCAGUAUGGGGAGAGACCAGUGACAAGCACAGGACAUAAGAACGCCAUUGACAGCUUCUUUGCCAAGCAUCUUCAGGUCCAAGAGGCCAAGUUGGAAUCAGGGAAGGAGAAUGUUCCAGCAAAUGUGGAAGAUGUCGAUGAAAUUCGUCCAGAGACUGUAGUGGUAGAAAUCCAAGGCCUUGUUGAACAGCAGAGGGUAUCCAGUAUUCUGGGAACCGCAUUCAGACGACGCCUUGAGAAUGUCAUUCGUGGCACCCUGUCAAGUGUGUCAAGAGCACCGCGAGCUUCACCGCAAACAAAUUCAUCUCACAGCAACUCUCCACAAUCAUCUCAACCGAGCCCACAGACAGCAACAGCUGACGUAAUAUCUCGAGAUGGAACACCUCAAGUAUCUGGACAAAGUUCUAAUGCAUCUACACCUAGCAGUUUAUCUCGAGAUGGAACACCAUCUUGGGUACCUACACCCCCCAGAGUGUCGAGAGACAGUACUCCGGCAGAACCUGAUGUACCAUACAGACCAAGGUCAUUGGAAGUACUUCAGAGAGAGACCGAACGCAGUAGAAGCAACAGUAUCGCCAGCUCACGAAGCAGAUCUUCCAUUAAUUCAACAGAGAAUGUGGUUCCACCUCCACCUGCUGUUCAUCCUCCACAGAUGAAUAUUGCCGACAUAAGUUCCAUACCUCUCCAUGUUGUGGAGGAAAUGCAGCGCGAGGAAUUUGUACAAGAGAUCAGUGAACUGGUUCACCGUCAACUGGUUACCUCUACCUUGCAAGGAAACUUCCGAACUACGCUGGAACUGACCAUGAGGGAUCGCCUGAACGGUUCAGACACUGACGGACAGCGAGUGCAGGAGUUCGUGCGAUCGAUACAACCAACGCAACCAAUCAUCCGCAACGACUUCUCCCACAUUGGGCUUCCUCCACAGCAGCCAGGGGCAGAUAACUGGGACAACAUUUCUGUGACCAGUGUUAGUGCUCAGGCAGUGCCCUACACACAGUCCAAUCUGUACCUCAGCCGGGAGAUGGCCAGUCUGAAGGCCCAGGUGGAGGAGAUGAAGUCCAUGCUCAAGGUCAGCUUCGACCUUCAACUUGACAUCCAGCGGGCCAUUAGACAGGAAGUGGCGGCGGCCAUGUCAGAAAAGUCAGAUGGGACACGUGAGACAGCAACCUCCAGGCAGUCUCGACCAGUCAACGACUCACACUGCCUGAUUUGUCUGGACAAGUUCUCCGACUCCGUGCUCUACCAGUGUGGUCACAUGUGCGUUUGUUACGGCUGUGGUCGGCAACUCAUGUCCCGUAACUCCAACUGCCCUGUGUGCCGAGCUCCAAUCAAGGACAUUAUUCGCACUUAUAGGUGUAAUUUUGACUGAAUAGGAGGGGUGUAAAAUGUUUUACCGUUACCAUACUAAGAACAGUGUGAAAUCACAUUCUGUUUAUAGAUAAAACUGCUUUUAGAGACUCAGUCACAUAUUUGUACAAAAAAUUUUGCAUAACAUUUUCUCAUUUAUAUCUAACUGAAGCAUCAUCUUCACAUAGAUUACAAAAGUCAUUCUUGAAAGCUUAACUUCACUCAUACAAGUUAUAUCUGGUCCUAAUUUGUUCUCAGAUUUAUUGUCUUUUGAAACAAGUUUUUAUUGUGUAGAUUAGUCAGCUUAUACUAAGUCAACUACAAGUGAUUAGGCAAAUUUUUUAAUGAGCUCUGUGGUUUUCAGUCAUGCACUGACUUUCAGGGCAUUGUGUUUUGUGAUAUACAUAAUUAUUACAAUGAUAUCAUUUUGUACAAUAUUCUAUUUUUAUACAUUUUUACAUAGUAAAGUAUGUGUUAUAUACUGUAUACUUUGUAUAUUUAAAUAUGUAGUUACAUGUAUGUGUAAUGGCUUCACCAUCUUCUGAAAACAGACACAAGACUUUAAAGUCUUAAAAGAUGUCAUUUGAUUUUUCCGUUAAAAGUAUGAUCAGAAUAUGUAAAUAUAUUUUCCAUUCAUUUUAUCCUAUAGCUUUUGUCACUGCAUGGUUUUAUGAGUGUUUUGAAGAUGUGCAAUAUUGAUUAUAGUCAUUGAUCAAUUGACUAAUUGUUAGACGUAUUUAAUUAAGAUACAGUUUUCGUUGAUCAGUUUGAAAUAAAAUACCAUUAUUAUAUUAACA